AUGAGAAUAGCAUUCGGCUUGGUACUCUGCGAUGACGACGGUACCCCUAUCGAUCUGGGCGUUGAACCCCUCAAGUGUUCUAAACCAAGCUCAACUUCUGAAGCUUUCGACGCUCAAAAAUACGUUAGCGUGGUCUGCCUGGUCAAUCUCGGUGUCGUUCUACGGCAGUAA